UCUCCAUGAUACUCUGGAUCAUGAUAAAAAUGUCCUGAGCUAUAGAUGCUGAUGCAUGUUCACUUGCUCUUCAGAAACUCACUUCGAUUGCGGUCCGUCUCCUUUGUCGUCGACUCGGCGUCCUCCCCCAACUCAUCAUCCCAGCGAAACGAGCUAAUUGCUUCCUCUCGGCCUUAUCCUAUCCGUCUACAGUAAAGUGUGAGGGGAAAAGGCGAGUGUGAGGGGAAACGGCGACAGAGAGGCGGAGCAGCUCUUCUGGCGCGAUUCCGCCGGCCUGCUUCGUCUCCGGCGGCCCGGAAGGCGCCGGAGAGGGAGGAGGCCGCGGAAUCGGCGCCGGACGUGUAUAGGGUAGCUUCUUUGUAUCUACGCCUAGGUUGUGCUCGCCGUCUUUUGAUGGCGGAGCUAGGGUUGCCGGAGUCGACGACGGCGUCGGCUCGCCGGCGAAUAAGGUUCCCCACCAUCGAUGUGGUGAGGCUUUUGUUCCCUCCUUUCCCCGUUGAUGGCGACGGCGACGGCGUCGACGGGCGGAGGGGAAGGUUAGUGUUCUUCCUCUGUGCGAUGGGGAAGGGACUUUUGUGCUCCCCUUGGGGCUUCUUCUUCCGCGUCGGUGCGUUCGUCACUGGCGGCGGAUUUGUGGUCUUCCUCUGUGCGAUGGGGAACGAUCUCCUGUGCUCCCUCGUGGGCUCUUUAUUCCGGGUCGGCGUCUUCGGGGCCGGCGGCGGAUUUCUUGCUGGGCUUCUGCUCCUCCGUGGAGCGAGCGCCAGCUUCAUCUUCGGCUGGCCGUGGGGUCUGCUGGAGGUGCCCAAGCUGCUGUUCAUCUCCUUCCGUGCGCUGGAUCUGGGUUCUGGUCCUCACAGGAAGUGGAGAGAAGGGGUGAUAUUGGGAAGCUUGAAGGCCGUUGGUGUCAGCUUCUUCGUCGGGAUUUGUGGUGACGAUGGUGGUGGUGAGCUCUGGAGCCCAGGGAUGGAGCUCGACGAGAUGAACAGGCUGCCUCAUUUGAGGAAGAAGAAGGGCUUUGUUCUAAUUUUAUAUUCUGUAGGGGUCUUUCUGCAAAAGGGAUGCACUUGUACUGGGAUUUGUUCCUUUCAAUGAGAUGUUUCCCUUAUCGCAAAAAAAAAAAAAGAAACUCACUUCGAUUGGGACAGUAGAUAUGUGUAUUGCAUUUGAUUCAUUUUUUUACUAAUGGUAAUGGCUGAAUAAUUAGAUCACCUUAAGGAUAAUUUCAUUGUUGGAUGCAUUCCUGCUACUUUGUUUCUUUUUUCGUUUCAUAUUAGACUGUCAAUUGCUUUGGUUUUUACAGGCCCCUCUUGUGGAUUGAUUGUUGAGAUUGAUCCUCAUACCCUCUGAUUUCACCUGGUUCUUUAGCAUGUUUAUUACUUUUACUCAUUGAAAUAGUUAUUGUCCAAUAGAGGAUCUUUAUCAUGUGGAGAAAAUAUUCUUCAUGUUCCUAAAAUGUUGCAGAUUCCAGUACAUCGUUUUCUGGGAGACAACAGGUUCAGCUUAAAACUAGCUUGCAUCCAGGCUGGAGUUGGUGGGCUUUAAAGGUAUGCCUGGCGGUGUACCUGUCUUAUGUAUUUUUCUUGAGGAUGCAUUCUGGGUGUUCAUACUAUUAUGCCUGUCAAGACAAGUUAUGCAAAGAGUUCACUGGGAAGGCAGCUAAACUUCAAUGUGCUAGUCUCCUGCGAUCAGCUCAAAACUGUCCGCAUUCUCACAUCCAUCGUUCGGCAGAGACUCUUCACCAGCACACCUCAUCAAAGCAUGGAUUCGCUCGGCGCACAACUCAUGAUUCUCAUGCUCACUCUUUGGCAAUCGAUCAGCUUGUACAGGGCACCGUGUGGUCCCUGAAUUAAUGUAAUAUGAAAUUGGUAUUAACGCCAGAUUCAUAAAACCUAUGUACUUCACACCAGGUUAUCAGGAACUUUGAUUGUUCCCCAGGCUUUGCAAAA